UAACCAAAGAUCGUGACGUGUUUGUCUGUCGGUUCGGUUUGUGUGUUUAAAGAGGAAUGGUCGAAGUGGACGUGUACACGUAGGUACACACUUGUAACACAAAUACCAGCUAAAGUAUCAAAGUAUAUAUUUAAUAAAAUGAAACCCUUUAUAUUGGGAUUAUUUUUCCUGUACACAAUUUUUCUAUUCUACCAUGUUGAUGGUCAAUCACGCAAACAGGGACUUUCUAUGGCCGAAAGAGUUCAACAACUGACAGACAUGGCAAAUAAGAAGUCGAUACUAAAGUUUAACGGCAAUAAAUUCCGAGAUUUCGUCAAAGCAGUCCCAAGAAACUAUUCUGUCGUCGUUAUGUUUACGGCUAUGGCCCCUCAAAGACAGUGCAUGGUUUGUCGCCAUGCCAGUGACGAAUUCACCAUUGUUGCCAAUUCAUUUAGGUACUCGCAAGCAUAUUCGAAUAAAUUAUUCUUCGCCGUAGUUGAUUUUGAUGAAGGGUCUGAUGUGUUCCAACUGAUGAGAUUAAAUACUGCACCAGUGUUCAUUCACUUCCCACCCAAGGGCAAACCAAAAAGUCAGGAUACAAUGGAUAUUCAAAGAAUCGGUUUCUCGGCCGAGUCGAUUGCUAAGUGGAUUACCGAAAGAACAGACAUUCAAAUUCGUUUAUUCCGUCCGCCGAAUUAUUCGGGAACUGCCGCUUUAGUUGUACUGUUUGCACUUGUAGCUGGAUUUUUAUACUUGCGGAGAAAUAAUUUAGACUUCUUGUAUAACAAGAAUAUGUGGGCGACGGGGGCGUUGUUUUUCUGUUUUACUAUGGUUUCCGGUCAAAUGUGGAAUCAUAUAAGAGGACCUCCGUUUGCACACAAGAAUCAACAAGGCCAAGUGGCUUACAUACACGGGUCUUCACAAGGACAAUUUGUUCUUGAGACUUAUAUUGUUAUGGUAUUGAAUGCCGCCAUAGUUUUAGGUAUGAUAUUAAUAACCGAAUCGGGUGGAAAAGGAGAUCCAAAGAAGAAAAAAAUAUUAGCAAUUGCUGGAGUCAUCCUUGUUUCAGUAUUCUUUUCUUUAAUACUAUCUAUCUUUAGAUCAAAAACUUCGGGCUAUCCGUAUAGCUUUUUAUUCAAAUAAAUUUAUAGGUCAAAGGUGCAAUUUUGUGUGGUUAUAUUUGUUAUUUUCACUGUUUUCAAAAAUGUUCGUAAACUUUUAUAUAGUAAUAUAUAUAUAAAAUUAA